AAAAUAUACAAAAAAAUUAUUAAGAUUUUAAAUAUUCAUAUAAAUUUAAAAAUUUAAAUAUAGGAAGAGAAGAAAAUUAGAUUCUUAUGUGCUGUCCAUCAGGCUUUUUGAGUUUUAUAGCUAAAACGUGUACCAUAUAUCUACUGGGUUUUAGUUUGUAUUGUCUUUACAAAUCUGUUGAGAGCGGAUUCAUAACAUCUUUACCCAUACUAAUUAUACUAAUUAUCUUUUUAUUCACAAGUACUUGUUCUUGUAUUGGAUUAAAUAAGAAGAAUUAUAUUUCAGGGUUUUGCACAGUUAUGUUUGGAAUGGUAACAUUUGUCAUAGUGUUUAUGAUAAAUGGAUUGCUAGCUGAUUAUUUUGAUUUAAGUAAAGGAUGCGAUGAUUUAAUUAAAAUAAAUCCACUUUAUUAAGUUUUCAUAGAUAGAGAAUUAGAUAAUUACUUUGACUAAACUACUUAGCUUCUUUGCUCUCAGUAGUGUCCUUGUAAAUGGCAAAAUACAACAGAAAUAUAUAGAAAGAAUCCUUAAAAUUAUGUUUUAAAUAAGUAUGAAGGUGCUAAAUCAGCAGCCCAAUGCCCAGGUUUUUUAGAUGAUAUACAAUUACAACCAGAAAAAAAACAUUAUUUAUAAACUAUGAUUUAGCUUGAAGUAUUUGGAUGUUCAGGAUAUUGUUAGAAAAAAGAUAUUUUUUCAAUGUCUGACAUUAACAUAGGAAUCCCUCAAUAUAAUUGCUUCUAUGUUUCAAGACAUUUACAGAGAAUGCACUUUAAUAGCGUGAUUAUUGGACUUUAUUUACUUUGCUUAGUUUUACUGAUUUUGAUACCUUCUACUUGCUGCUUAUUCUUUAAUUUUAGCAGAGAAAAAGAAGAAAGAGAGUAGAUGUAUGAGAGAGUUAAAUAAUUGAAAAAAGAAUUAGGUCCAAAUGGUAAAAAAUUGACAAAAGGGAAAGGAGAAGAAGAUUAGGAAGGUGAAGAAGAAGAUGGAGAAGAAGGCUAAGAAGAGAAUGAAGAAGAAAAUAAAAAAGAAAAAAAUUAGGAUUCUAAUACAGAUUUAAAGAAUGAUAGCAAAGAUACUUAAUAAAUCGAGGAAAAUGAAUCUGAAUAAACAAAAGAAAAAUCUGAAAAAGAAAAGAAAGAUGAUUGAGCAAUUUCAAAUCUAAAUGAUGAGGUUUGAAAAGUAAUUUAAAUAAAUAAAUUAAGUAAAUUUUGAAUAAUUUUAUAAAAUAAAUUGUGGAUUUAAUUAUAUUUUUUUGAGUGAGUAAGUAAUAUAUUUUCUUUUAGUUUAGAAAAUUAUUU